AUGAAGUGGAGCGCUUUGGUACUGUUCGUGGGCGCCUUCUUCGUGGCGGAGUCCUGCGGGCCGGGCCGCGGCGUCGGCCGACGGAGAGGCUCCCGGAAACUUACGCCCUUGGUGUUCAAGCAGCACGUUCCCAACGUGCCGGAGAACACGCUCACCGCCAGCGGGGCGGCCGAGGGCAGGAUCGACAGGAACGACACCAGGUUCAACGAUUUAGUGCCCAAUUACAACGACGAUAUUAUUUUUAAGGACGAAGAAGGAACCGGCGCCGACAGAUUAAUGACGCAGCGCUGCAAGGAGAAACUGAACACCCUCGCGAUAUCGGUGAUGAACAUGUGGCCCGGCGUGAAGCUGCUCGUGACCGAAGGGUGGGACGAGGAGAGAUACCACACGCCGGACUCGCUGCACUACGAGGGUCGAGCCGUGGACAUCACGACCUCCGACAGGGACCGCUCCAAGUACGGAAUGCUAGCCAGGCUCGCCGUCGAGGCCGGAUUCGACUGGGUGUACUACGAGAGCCGGUCCCAUAUACACUGUUCCGUCAAAUUAGAAUCGGCGCAAGGCGCGAAAUACGGUGGUUGCUUCCCUGGCGACAGCACCGUCCUGACCAGCGACGGCGUCCGCAGGAAACUCUCCGACCUGCAGCUCGGCGAGAGGAUCCUCUCCAAAGAUCCAUCCACCGACGAGCUCACCUUCAGCGAGGUGAUGCUCUUCCUGGACUUCGAUCCCGCCCAGAAGCGGGAAUUCCUGACGAUAAGGCUAUCGUCGAAUCGAACUUUAGUGAUAACGCCCAAUCAUUUAGUGGAGAAAUUCGACGGUACCUCGGAGGGGUACCGAACAGUGUUCGCCGGCACCAUCAAGCCCGGCGAUUCCUUGUUAGUUAGUGCUUCGGAUAAGAUACUCGUAGACAAUGUCGCCGAAGUGAGUUUGACCGUGAGGACGGGUGUGUACGCGCCGUUGACGCGAACUGGUACUCUAGUCGUCAACGACGUGGUGGUGUCGUGUUAUGCGACGGUGGACAGCCAGUCGCUGGCCCAUUGGGCCUUCUGGCCGCUGAGGUGGUCGUGGAGCUUCCGAAGGGGAGCCAGGAGGCUGUGGUACGCGGUGAGCAGACCUUUCGCUUCCUGGUCGGGGCGCUCCGUCGAGCUGCAGAGGCAAAGUGAUACGGGCGUGCAUUGGUACGCGAAGAUGUUGUAUUCCACGGCUCAGUACUUAAUUCCGACGCAUCUAGCCGAUUAA